UUGUCAUCAUCCCAGAAAAUUUCGAACCAAAAACAAUGUUGUGUCCACGUAGGAACAUUGAAACAAAAAGAACAAGAACAAGAACAAUGCAACAAAGAGAGAGAGACAUAGUUUCUGUGUGUGAGAUCUAACCUUGUUUUCAUGGUUAUGUCUUCCAUGUUUUGUUGUUGUUGCUGUUCUUAAUUCUCUCCAAUGUUGUUUUCCAAUGGCCAAAAUUGAACCUUCAUUUGAUCGGUGGAGUUUGGUUCAUUUGGCUUGUUGGUUUAGAAUUUCUUAUAUCAUCACUCUUGUAUAUAAUCCAAGACUCAUAUGAUCAAGGGUAAAGUUGGAAUUUUAGUAAGGAUUUUUCAUGUUUUCUAUCAUCGAUUCUGUGUUUCAUUGUUGGAAGAUAUUGGAUCUGAAAUUGUUAGCUGCAGUUAGUAUUUAUCUUCCUUGUUUCGGUUUUCGCAGAGUUGUUGGUAUUGGAUUGUUGAAUUGAAAACAUAGGAUGAAUUGAAAACUCAGUAUUUACGAAUUUAUCACAAAUUGUGAAAAAGAUUUAGGAGUUUGAGUUGCUGUGAUUAAUUAUCAUGGCCUUAAAUAAGAAAGGAAAUUUGUUAGGCUCUAACAUUGGUGAGUUUCCUCAAUACACUAACCGAGAAUUACCCGGCGGUGUUACAAAUGUACAUAGUAAUAAUAAUAUCCCUAAGGUUGGCGAAAAAGUUUCGGCGAAUUUUGUUCAUGAUGGUAGAGUUCCAGUUCCUGAUAUAUGUCGAAAUCGUGAGAAUGGACAUGUGAGAUAUGAAGAUCUUACCAAAGUAUUAGGGUUGAAGAGAAUGGAUUCUGAGAGUUCUUCUGAUAUAGGUGACUUUAUUAUUCCUAAGAAACAUCCAGUGGCAUUAGAGAUGGAAAAUGGGGCGGCUUGUCCCAACAUUUCGAUCAAAACUCAUAAGAGAGAAGGCGAAAGCGGCCGUGCCUUGAGGAAGACGUUUAGUGAAUCGAUUAGUGAUCAACAAAGUACUAGUCAUAGACACGUAAGAUCUCACUCCAACGGGUUUAAUGGUUCUGCAAUUUUAGACGAUUCUUUGUUUGGGAAAAUGAAGUUUCUUUGCAGCUUCGGCGGGAAAAUUUUACCAAGGCCCGGCGAUGGGAAGCUUAGAUAUGUAGGGGGAGAAACCCACAUUAUAUCGAUUCGAAACGAUAUUUCGUGGCAAGAGCUUAUGAAUAAGACCUUAGGUAUUUGCAGUCAACCUCACACGAUAAAAUACCAGCUUCCCGGGGAGGAUCUUGAUGCUUUAAUAUCGGUUUCCUCUGACGAGGAUCUUCAAAAUAUGAUAGAGGAAUAUCAUGGACUUGAAAGUCAUGAAGGUUCUCAAAAACUUCGAAUAUUUUUAGUUCCUUUCGGUGAAUCUGAAGAGACAUCGUCAAAUGAGGCAACCAAUGUUCUCCCCAAUGAUCCUGAUUACCAAUAUGUUGUUGCUUUAAAUGGCUUAAUUCUAGACCCUAGUCCUACUAAGAAAAACAUUGGUUGUGGUCAGAGUAUGACGACAAAUGAAGCAAAUCAAUUGGGGACUGGUUUGAAUUUUACUCCGUCUUUUCAGAAACCACCCCCAAUUGUGUCUUCUCCUUUUGAUGGAAUUUUGAAUGAGUCCCUAAAUCCGAAAAGUCCCUUGCGAAUUUCUCCUACUCCGGUUCAAGUUGCGGGUUCUAGUACAGGUUAUAUUCAAUUGCUUGGUAACAACUCGUGUGCGGGAAGUAUCGAGAGCAAUGCCUCGUUUGUUACUGCUCAGCUACACUCGGGGAACUCGAGCAUAAGCACUUCUGAUUGCAGAUACACUCAACAAGCAGCUGUUACUUUGUUAAAUGACGGUCAACAUGGUGAUGUUGGUCAGCUCAAUGGACAGUAUUUCGACAACUACAAUCCGUCCGGCAAGGAAUUCACGAGUCCUAUAUAUGUUAGCCCUAGUAAUGGUUACGGUGAUGAAGUUUUUGGUGGAACCUUGCAUAACAAGGAAAGAAUAUUAUACUCUGAAAAUCCUCUUUCAUGCUUGGAGGAUCCGAUCUGUCAAAAAUCCGAAUCAUAUGGAACAACUAAUGAUGACCCCCCGCACGGGAUGGCUCACACUUUUUCAGAUUCGCAGUUGCACGAAAGCGGAGCAAGGUCACAGCAAGGAAUUAGCCAAUCUAUCUCAUUGAACCUUGAAAAAGUGCAAUUAUCUUCAAUGUUAGUCUCUAGUGGUGUCUCACAAGUGAACCUUAUGGAGGGUCAACACGAUCCCUUCCUCCAUCAUCCUCGAAUACAAAGUAUGAUACCGAAAGUGGAGUCAUCUGAGAUGCACAGACGGCAAGGUAUGAUGUCAACUUCUCCUUACUCAGAAUCAGUAGGAAUGAAUGAUCUUAUUGAUAAGGAUAGCAAUUUAACCGAAAAAAAGUACCUCAUUGCUCAAACAGACUUAAGUGGAUCCGGGUUUGUAGACAAAGACGUGCAGGAAAAUUCUUUGAAAUCGGAAAGGAUGAUGAUAAUAGAAGAAAAGAAUCCUAUUCCCAAGAAGGAUAAUAACAAGGUUUAUGAGGGAAAUUCAACCAUCAAUUACACGGGACUUGUGAAUGAAUUGCAUCUUUUGGAUUCCUUCCCUACAAAUAACAUAAGUGCUAAGAUUAGUAUGCAAAAGAAUCGGGAACAACCGUUUGGGGACACACAUCCUUUGCCGUCAGGCAUGACAGGAUUCUCUCUAAACAACCUUGUGGACAAGACGAAUGAUGGCAAGAAAUGUGGUUUGGCUGAAGGUCUGAAUGGUGAACAAGGAAUUGAUUUUUCAGCCAGAAACAUCGAUCUAGAUGCUCCGAUUUUUCAACUUGCAGAAAGCUUUCGUGACAAAAGUGCUGUCAGAGAUCAUACUUUCGAGUUUUCCUUUGAUACAGAUACUCUUAAAUCUGCACAAAUCCAGCCUUCUCAGAAUCAAAUCAACGCAGCAGGGACAGUAAACUCAGAAAGUGUGUAUCCUACUGUAUUGCACGAUGAUAUAUGUCCGCGAUUGAACUUGCGAGUCGAUGAUGACCUGGAUAAUUCAAGCAAGAAUACUUUUUCUUUUAAAAAGGAACCUUAUUUUCUUGAUGACUUGAUUUCAACCACUGACCAAAUGGUUGAUCAGUUUAAACAUGAACUCUCUUCCUCUGGACUGUCAAAAGUUGAAGAUUCAAUUUCAGGACGAUCAAAAAAUUCAGAAAGGUUUAAUGAUGCAAAUCGAGCGGAGCCGUCUUUUGUAGUAGAAGAUGUGACUGGUGAUUUUUCUUCACGUAGUAAGUCUUCACAUGUUUUUGAUGAAGUUGGAAGUGAUUUAUCUCCGUCUACUACGGAAGUAGAGAGCACCGUCCCAGAAUCUGAUCCCGAGGAUUUUAAAGACGAUCAAACCGACAUGAAUGAAUUCCUUUCUGAUGCAAUGAUAGCAGAAAUGGAGGCCAGCAUAUAUGGUUUGCAGAUCAUUAGGAAUGUCGAUCUUGAAGAACUCAUGGAGUUAGGAUCUGGUACCUAUGGAACUGUUUAUCAUGGAAAAUGGCGGGGAACGGAUGUUGCAAUCAAGAGAAUUAAAAAGAGCUGCUUUGGAGGGAGAUCUUCCGAGCAAGAACGGUUGGCAAAAGACUUCUGGAGAGAGGCACAGAUUCUGUCAAAUCUUCACCAUCCCAACGUUCUCGCAUUUUAUGGAAUAGUACCGGAUGGUGCUGGUGGAACCUUAGCAACUGUAACAGAAUAUAUGGUUAAUGGUUCCCUUAGGCAUGUCCUUGUCAAGAACAACAGAUUACUAGAUUGUCGUAAAAAGCUUAUAAUUGCCAUGGAUGCAGCUUUUGGAAUGGAAUAUUUGCACUCAAAGAAUAUUGUUCAUUUUGAUUUGAAGUGUGAUAAUUUGCUUGUUAAUCUAAGGGAUCCCCAACGACCGAUAUGCAAGGUUGGAGAUUUUGGAUUAUCAAGAAUAAAACGUAAUACCCUUGUAUCUGGCGGUGUACGAGGAACCCUUCCAUGGAUGGCACCAGAGCUGUUGAAUGGUAAUAGCAGCCGAGUUUCCGAAAAGGUUGAUGUUUUCUCAUUUGGCAUCUCAAUGUGGGAGUUAUUGACAGGAGAGGAACCUUAUGCAGAUAUGCAUUGUGGUGCCAUUAUUGGGGGUAUUGUAAAGAACACUCUUCGACCACCUAUUCCAGACCGAUGCGAUCCCGAAUGGAGGAAGCUUAUGGAAGAAUGUUGGUCACGUGACCCUGAAUGUCGGCCAUCGUUCACCGAGAUAACCAACCGGUUAAGAUCUAUGUCUAUGGCACUUCAAGGAAAGGGGAAUUAUCAUGCAUGGCAGUUGAGACCUAGUAAUAAUGCUUUUUAAUACCAAAAAGGCCUUUUUUCUGCAGUUAUGUUUGAUGAUUAGGAUUGAGAAUAGCCCAGACUAAACUAGGUUUUGUAAGGCCUGAGUAUGGUCUGUCUUUUCUGCCGUUAUGUUUGAUUGUAUAGGACUUUCAUUUAUUGUAUAUAAUAUAAUAGAAUGUGAUUAAGAAAGAAGUGAAGACUAGGAUUGGCUGUUUUUUGAGGGUUACCGCAACACUUACCUAUGGUUUUUGUGAUUUUCAUUAGCUGUUUAUAUCUUUAUUUGUUUAUUCUUUCUUGUAAAAGCUGAGGUUGAGAUCAUAUGGUAUAGUUGUUUUGAUAUAUAUCAAUUUUGUACUUGGUUGAGAUCAUAUUAUAUAGAAACAAAAGGUGUCUUCAGUAUUAUGUACACAAACAACAGUGCUUGUAAUAUAUUCUAAGAAAUUUUUGUUC